UGCAGUUCGGUUUUCGUAUACGUGUCAAAAUUUUCAGAAGGAUUUUUCAGCUUCAGCAACUAUGUUUUAAAAGUGCAAGGACGAUUUUGGCGUGUGCAAUUUUAUGAUGGAAAUGCGAGCUCAUAAUUAUUUCCAUUCCGGUGUUGAGAUGGACUCUCAGCAACAGCAAUUUUGUCUGAAAUGGAACAGUUUUGGUACAAAUCUUGCUACAUCUUUUAGCAACCUUUUUAAGUCGGAGACACUAGCCGACGUUACGUUAUUUUGUGAUGGGGUGACUUUCAAGGCACACAAGUUGAUCCUGGCGGCAUGCAGUAAACACCUGGCGGACCUUUUCGAGACCGCUCCUCUGCACCAGAACCUGCUUGUCAUCCUGGAUGGCACCUCGGCAGCCAACAUGGCCGCCCUGCUCGAGUUCAUGUACAAAGGGGAGGUGCACGUGUCGCAGGACUCGUUGUCCAGCUUCCUGAAGGCGGCCGAAUGCUUGCAGGUAAAAGGUUUAAGCAUCGAACAUGAAAAGCUAGCAGUGGCCCAAAGCCAAAACUCGAUGCUGGACACAUCGCUAGACUCACCAUCCAGAAAGCACGCCCGUAAGGAAGACUUGGACACAAGCGGUUCCAACCACCAUCAAUCGAGCCCGUCCCCCAGCUACUCGCCUGCCAUGUCCCCAUACAUGCACCCCCUCUACAGGGGCUACGAACAACGCUUGCCGACUUCCAGCGCAGCUUACGAAAACCCCCUCAAAAGGCCACUGCGCAGUCCGAACGAAAUCUUGCAGGAAUCGGUAAGAGCUUCUGUUUUGAGAGACGGUAGCAAGACUAUGGGAAGACCGGGGUCUCCAGGACCGCUCUCUUUGGCCUACAGGCCACCAUCAAGUAGUUCUUGCUCUUUGCCCACGCAACACGAAGCCGAUGCUCCUCCUGAAAAUAGAUUUGAUCCUGAUCCUGCUACAGCUAUAUGCCCUGAAACAAACAACACCGAAAACAGAGAUUCCGGAUUAGCAGAAGAUUUAAGAAUAAAGAUGGAACCGGACAUAAAAAAGGAAGACUCGCCUAGCAGUACAGGCAAAGGAAACGGCAACAGUAAAAAUGGCGGAAAACAGGCAAAUGUAACGAGCAUGACAAACAACAGUCCUUCGUCAAACGGUGCUUUGGAACCUUCGACGCAUCAGUACAAACAUAAUAGUAGAGACAAGUCCUCCGACUUAAUUUCACCUGCUAUGUGGAAUUCCGUAGCUGGAAAAUUAAGCCACAAGAGUGGCACUGUCAACACACCAGAUGGAAAAAAAUUGAAGUGUCCUUUUUGCGAAAGAUUGUACGGUUACGAGACAAACCUUCGCGCGCAUAUUAGACAGAGGCAUCAAGGUAUUCGAGUGCCUUGUCCAUUUUGCUCGCGCACCUUUACCAGGAACAACACUGUUCGGAGGCACAUAGCUCGCGAGCAUAAGGCCGAGCUAAGCCUCAAGGCGUUCCAAACUCAGCAGCAACAGGUUCUCAACCACAAUCCUUAAGAAGGAUUGAAUUUAAGCAAAAGUUGAUAUUGUAGCGGACAAGCCGUCACAACGCGUUUCCAAAAGGUCUGAUGUAAAUAUAUUAUGUAUGUAAUCUUAUGGAACGGACGGUCUUGCAUCAUUACUAUGUGUUGGUGAUGUAUGUAUGUAUGUCACUUUUAUACCUUUAGUUGAACUUUGGGUGAGCUGACAACAACGUGCAACACAUUUUUUUAGUCUACAAGUACAAUAUCUUCUCUAUUGAUGAUACAAUAUCGUCGUUUUUAUGUUAUCCCAAUACUUUACACACAUUCUGCAAACGUACCACGCAGUGGUACACUUCAAACCAGUUUAAUCGAUUAUUUAGCACGUUGUUGUGCAAAAUGCUUUUAAUUUUGAACAUUGGAGCUGGCCUCCUUUGAUGUUAUUUUACUUAAAGCUAAUUUCUUUGAAAACUAAAGUUUUUAAGACUUUGACUAAAUGUACUUACCCGGUUCGAUAAAACCGUAAAUAUCCUGACUGGUACACAUAAUUUAAUUACUCAGGAUCCAACCUCAACUACCUCAACGGAAACGUCUGCCUCAUUUUAUAUUGAAACUACCUCCUCCUAGUCAUGUAGUGCAAGAAAUAAUUAUUUAGGAUUAGGUUUCAACUCAGGUUAUCAAGUAUUUUUAUUUAAACAGUUAUUUGUAUUCACUUAGCUUUAAUAAUAGUUAUAACUCAGGUUCUGUGAAUUAAAUUCACGUUAAUUUAAAAGUGUGUCAAUUGGGACAUUUACCAAUUUUUCAUUGUUUAAAAGCUCUUUAUUGUUUACCUUAUUUCGU